UGCCGCUGUAUCGCUGGUGGAUAGAUAAGCAGCAUCUAUGGCAGGUCCUAGUAGGAAGCAGAUGUUGAGGUUUCUCAGCCAAGCGGGGGCUUUUAUCUUGACCCGGUUUGGAUUUUGGAACUGCUUCAGUAUGCUGAUGCUGUUUGCUGAACGAGCGGACUCGAAAAGGAAACCAGACAUCCACAUACCAUACCUGUAUGUUGACAUGGGUGCUGCAGUGAUCUGCGCCAGCUUCAUGUCAUUUGGAGUGAAGAGGAGGUGGUUCGCUUUGGCUGCUGCCGUACAGCUUGCUAUCAGUACUUAUGCAUCAUAUGUUGGAGAGCAGGUGUAUUAUGGGGAAUGGCUUAAGGUGCGGAUGUACUCCAGAGCGCUGGCCAUUAUUGGAGGCUUUCUGGUUCUGGCCAGCGGGGCGGGGGAGGUAUACAGACAGAAGCCUCGCAGCAGAUCCCUGCAGUCUACUGGCCAAGUUUUUCUGGGAGUCUAUCUUAUCUGCAUGGUGUACUCCCUCCAGCACAGCAAAGAGGACAGGCUGGCCUAUCUAAACCACAUCAUUGGGGGAGAGCUCACGCUGAUGCUGCUGGAGGUGCUGUUCGGUGUUCUGGCUCUGGCCUUCCUCUCCAGCUGCUACAUCCGCCUGGCUGCCCAGAUCCUGGCCACCAUCCUUCCUCUCAUCAUCCUGUUCAUCGACGGCAACAUCGGUUACUGGCACCACACUCGUAAGGUGGAGUUCUGGAACCAGAUGAAGCUGAUGGGUCAUAAUGUGGGCAUUUUCGCUGCUGUACUGAUCCUGGCUACCGAUGGUUGAGCAGUCAUCCUCUCAGACAGUUUUUAUGGACCGAGGCGUCUGCACAGGAUGAUGAUGAUGGUGGUCUUUUCAUCAUGGCCCAACUCUGUACUCAAAGCUGCCGUCACUCAGUGACGCCUCAGGAUUUGGGAUUGAGACGGUUGGAUGUAAGCUGCGUCGCUUGUCCCAUUUCUAACUUUGGUUUUGCAAGAAAGAAAAAAACACAAUCUUGUUUUUUUUAUUUUAAUAAUUUAUUUGGAUUUAUGUUUACAUUUUUGUUUCUGUUAUGCUCUGAAACAUGACACUGUUAGUGCUACAAACCUACAGGGAACUGUAAAACGUUCAGUCACUAUUUACAGUAGAUGGUUUAAAUAUGUGGCACGGGGAAACUCGCUGUGUGAUAAAUUAAAGGAAAAACCAACAUUAAGCUGCAGCUCAGUUACCACAAAUCAUAACUGAUUUGGUAAAUACUUAACGUCACACAUUUAUUGAACUUUAAAAUGUCUUUUUAACCGUGGAUUGCCUUGAAUUGUAAAACUGAUUCAAAAUAUUUUUUUUUAAUGCAGUGGUGGAGUGGGCGUUCAGUCAGGACUUAGAGUUAGACUGGUGGGGAUUUUUGACCCUGAAUCCAGUCUCUGAUGGGCAGCUGCUGUCUAACAGCACCUCCACAGCAACCACAGAGCCUAACACAGCUGACUUUGGGUCAGAGGGAGAGGUGGGGUACGCCCUAGGUGGGUUGCCAGACCACUCACACGUGUAGCCAAUUUAGAACUUCCAUAUGUAUUGAAUUACCCCCUUUUUUUUUUUCUUUACUGGAGUGGGUUCAAAGGUUCAGGUUUUACCUUUGAUUUAAUUUAAUGUCUCCUUAGUAUUGCUUCUGUAAUGGAAUGACUGUGCCGGCCUUGUGGAAAUAAACUGUUUAAUGCAGUGCUUUAAACGGGCGUCCCUGUCUGACAUCAGACAGAAUAAAUGAUGGACGUCGCCACCGUGACGUCUGCCGCUGGUUUUCGAAGUCCUGUUUUGAAGCCGAGGUGAGUGUUUUCACCUCUGCUAUUGUGACGUUACGAGAAGCAGGUGGUCUGAGUUUGAAACCGCACACUCAUUGGUUAACAACUUGUCAGUCACAAGUUGUUAACCAAUGAGUGUAUCCCAGAUAAUCCUUCCAAAAUUUACAAAAUGGAUUUCAUUAUUGAUUCAAUAUGAGCCCAAGCCUGAGGGUCGUUUUCCCAUAGACUCCUACAGUACCGGAAAUCUGCUUUUUACAACCACCUGUGUCGCCUCCUGGUGGCUGUUAAAUAGAAUGCAUGUUAAAGACACUGCCUUGGCUUUUCAGACCCAGAAGCUACGCCCAGCUUUUAUAUCUAUAUCUGUAAUACAGGGUUUGGUUUGGUUUUUUAAAAUAAAAUGCUUUUGUUUGUAUAAAUAAUGGUCACAUUUCAUAUGAAAUGAAUUUAGAUACAUGGGUAUCGAGUUAUUGCGAGUUGCUUCACUUUACUGAAAAUGACAGUUGUGUGUGUGUGUGUGUGUGUUCUUUGGUGUGACCGCUUCAGCUGAACGUUCAGUGAACAGCGUUUCUUCCUUGAAUGUCAAGUUGAAGCUGAAACCUUGGAGUUUUUCCUUCUCACUGUCGGUGAGUGUUUGCUCAUAGGGGGGUCGUCUUACCGCUGGGGUUUCUCUCGAUCUUUACCUUUACAGUAGAAAGCGCCUUGAGGCAGCUGCUGUUGUGAUUUGGCGCUGUAUGAAUAAAAUGUAACGGAUCCCUCGGGUCCAAGACGCUGCAGUGUGUUUAGGAAUCAUAAUUACCAGCACGACUGAUUAAAAAUGCAUAAAGCCUG